AAAGGGAUGUCGCAAGUGAACCUAACCUAACCUGAACCGAGUCCUAGAUUUUGUCGCUUGAUAUUCUUUCCCGAUCGUUUGCAGCAGCUGUUACAGUUAUCCCUGCAAUGACCAGCAAAUAACUGCGAGUGUUGCGAUACAUUUUGGUAACUCGGUGGUGGUGGCCUGUUUUCUCGUAUUGCUUCACAGAGUCUCGCAAGUUAGCGGGUUCUGUUUUUUGCCGUUUUUCUUCAAUAGAAAGCUUAAAUAUAAUGUAGCGCGGUUAAAGUUUCCCCCUCUUUGGCCACAUCGUGUACUGUUGGAUUCGCUCAUUGCGCUUUAUUAUAUGUAAAAUUCCUUUCUUUUGCAAUUUAUCGAUUAUAUUCUUCGUUGAUCUUAUAAUCAAAUUUGCUGCCAGUGUUAAUGAGCCGCUAUGUGGGAGAGGCUUGACACGCAUGAUGGUUCUUUGACUUGGCUAGUGAGAAAAUUAGUGUUGAAAACUACCACCUUUCACUUUUCUUUUUUCGUUUCGUAUUCUCUAGAGUGUUUAGAAGCGAUUUGGUUCUCGAUUGCCGAGUCGAGAUUGUGGUCUUUAAGCAUUAGUACGCUCACUUUUUACCUUUCAAUUUGAAGGUGGGUCUAUUGUAUCAAAUUGGUAAAAGCGCUCAGGAAUCUUUCACACUUAACUGUCAACUGCGAUUAUUUUCCCUCUUCCCCCAAAAUUGUCACGCUUUAUUAAUAGAAAGUCGGUUACUGACAUCGCGCGUUUCCUCAAUAGAAGGGAAAAUUUAACAAUUAAAUUUUUCGGAAUUUUGUCUGAAUUGUUCUCCGUUCCUUCUUUUGUAAGAUUUAUCACGGCUGGAAAUUGUUCAAUCUGGCGAUGUAUGUAUAGCUCAAGCGUCUUUAUCCCAGCAGGUUUCAAAGUGCCAUUGGCAGCGUAGAAAUUGCUUGUUAAUUACACUGGGACUAAGUGACACACCGGCUGGCUGUCACUUUCUACUGCUACUUUAAUGACGAAGCUGGGCGCUAAACUUAUUGCUCUAGUUCCUCCUCUAUUCCGCUAACAAUUAGUGUCGAGCAUACUAUCAAAAAUCUGGAAACAGCACUGUUAUAGCGGUCUCCCAGUUGCACGGGCUGUAGGUCUCAACUCGCUCGAGGCGUUUACCUUUAUCCAGUCCCGCAGUAUUAUUGCAAUUGAAACCACGCCUCUGCGUUGCACGCUGUUCUCCUGUAGCCCGUGUCCGAGGAGAGCACUAAAGUCAUCGUGUUCGGGCUCCGAUACCAUCAGUAGUCGCUCGCUCCUCUUCCGUCUCUCACGUUCAAUCACCACACUCGCGCAGAGAUCAUGUUUAAGACGAUCGCAUUGUUGGUGAUUUUCGGAUGCGCUUUUGGCGCCCCCACUCCGCGCGUCGAAAAGCGGCAUCCAGCGCAAUUCACAAGUGAUAAUCAUAACAAAUUAACCCCCGGUAAUGCCAUCAAAGAAUUGGAAUCUUCGCUAGACAAAAUCGACUCGAUUUUCAAACAUCCGUUCGGGAAAAUCGGUUCCAACAAGAAAUUCGGUUUCCUGGCUGACGAUAAUACAGAUUUUAUUCCUACUACUGAUGCCGAAGAUUUCGAAGCUGCAACUCGUCCGUCGCGUCAAGAUUCCCGAGAAGUGCUUCGUGUUGCACAGGCCCGUGAUCCAUUUGUUGGCACAGAGGAGGCUGCGGCGCGUGCCAUCGACUCUCCACUGUUCUUCAACACAUUCGAUCACGCCCACAUGGUCACUGGAUACGCCGAAAGACGUCGCGAUCGCCCAAUGCUCUUUCGCAGCAUCCGGCCAGACUUUCCCUUCUCCGACAUUUCCAGGAGACGACAACGAGUGAAUAACUAAACACCCUGCAGGUCGGAUUUUCAAAAACAAUGGUACACAGUGGUAUUUUCUCUUUAUAUCUUUUAGUUAUAUACUUUGAUAGAAUAUAUUCAGUGAUUGGUACACAAUCGAAAUUUGAUUGAACAAAUUAAAACAUGUAUGUAGGCUUGCGAAAUGUAUUGUCCAAGCUGUAAGAAAGUAUAUAUCGUUGUGCCCACUCAAAUAAAUGUUUAUAAAACAAAA